UAGUGUCUGCAUUAGUUAAAGGGAAUAAUAUAACUUAUUGGUCAACGUGCUAAAUGGUAAUUACAAAUCAGAAAGAUCCACAUUUUUUGUUGUGGAUUGAUGUGUCAUGUCGGUACCUAAGAUAAUCAUAAUUCCGGUGGUGAGUUGAGUAUUAAGAGGACUCCCUUCAAGCAUAUUAUCAACUUAUAAUGUCGUGCACAGAAUUACAAUAUAAUACGAAGGUUAAAGAGGAAGCAAGCGAAUCAGAAAACAGCCCAGUGGGUUUACAUAACAAUGUCCAUAUUAAACUAGAGCCAAUUAGUGAUGACGAAGAAGUCAUUAAGGAGGAGCGGAAUCUUUAUGUAGGUCAUGAAAUCAAGGAAGAAUUGGUUGUAGGUCCUGUAGUGUUGCAGCCUGUGGAUGUAGCUCAAACAAAAUGUGAGCAGACAACAUCUGACGGAUUGAAGGUUGAUACUCGACCAUACAAAUGUGAUAUUUGCACUAAAUGUUAUACAAAUAAACACCAUCUUAGGCGUCAUAAAAUAACUCAUACUGGAGAGAAGCUGGACCAAUGUGAACAAUAUGACGGAUCUUUUACCUGUAAAGUAAGUUGUAAUAAACAGUUAAGUACUCGUACAAGAGAGAAACAGCAUAAAUGCGAUAUUUGUCAUAAAAGUUUUGUAUACAGACAUGUACUUCAAACUCAUAUAUUGACUCAUACAGGAGAGAAACCAUACAAAUGUGAUAUUUGCAAUAAAGGUUUUGUAAGAAAAUAUCAAGCUAAGUGUCAUGCAAUGACCCAUACAGGAGAGAAGCCAUACAAAUGUGAUAUAUGCAACAAAACGUUUGCCCGUAGAGCAGAUCGUGAAACACAUUUAAAGAUUCAUACUGGAGAGAAACCAUACAAGUGCGAUAUUUGUAAUGAAUGUUUUAUGAGAAAACAGGGUCUUAAACUUCAUAUAAUGAUCCAUACCGGAGAGCGACCAUACAAAUGUCUUCACUGUAACAAAUCUUUUGUCCGUAAAGCAGAUUGUGAGUUACAUACAAGGAUUCAUACUGGAGAGAAACCAUACAUGUGUGAUAUCUGCAAUAAAUGUUUUUUAAGAAAAUAUGACCUUAGGUAUCAUAUAAUGGCCCACACUGGUGAGAAACCAUAUGGGUGUGAAAUCUGCAAUAAAAGUUUUAUAACAAAAUAUCAACUUCAGUCUCACACUAUAACCCAUGCUGGUAAGAAACCACACAAGUGUUCAAUCUGCAAUGAACGUUUUAUAACAAAAGAUCAACUUCAGUGUCAUGUAAUUACCCAUACUGGUAAGAAACCAUAUGAAUGUGAAAUUUGCAAAAAAAGUUUUAUAAGACAAUAUCAAUUUAAAUGUCAUAUGAUGGCCCAUGCUGGUAACAAACCAUAUGAGUGUGAUAUUUGCAGAAAAUGUUUUACAGCAAACCAUGAACUUAGGCAUCAUGCAAAGGUCCAUACUACAGAAAAACCGUACAAAUGUGAGCACUGUGAUAAAGCUUUUACUUUUAAAGAAGGUUGUAAAAGGCAUUUAAAGACUCAUUUUCGACAGAAACCAUACAUUAAAACGGAUGCUUAGUGUCAUAAUGGCCCAUACAUCCAAGCUACAUUAAGCUAUUGCACAUUACCUAUGCUGACUUCCCUGAAAAGAAUGAGUAAGAAACUCUAGGGGUUGCUCUUUUCAAAUAAACUUAAAUGCUUUGGAAUAUACUUUGAAUUUAAUUUGUGUGGAUUUAAGUUUACAAAAAGUUUACAAACACUUAGCUGAACUAAUUUAGGUGAAUUAAGUUAACGCACCCGGAAUUAGAGCCAUGUCUUCUUUCCAUACAUCUUUAUAUAACACAUAGUCUUCAAUUUUGUAAUAUGAUUUUUCAAUUAGAAUAUCUUUAAUGUAGUUUUUAAACUUAAGAAAUGAUAAUCUUAAUAUAUGCUCCGGAAUCUU